AUGAUUUCAGUGCUGCUUGCCUGGGCGCAAGAGCCUCUAUUAUCAUUCUUUGUUUCUGCUGCUGCUGCUCGUCUAAAAGAAGGGGCUUCACUUGCUGUUAGUGCAGCAGGAGCAGGCAGCCAGCUGCCGGAUGGUCUCUGUCUCCUGCUAGCAGCUCUAGGUGUUGCAAUGACGUCAAUAUGCAGCAGCAGCAAGCAUGCUGCUGCUCCUGCUGCUGCAGCUGCUGCCGAUGCGGAGGAGGAAGAUGAGGAAGCAGCUGCAGCACCAACGAUUGCAACAGUAAAGCAGCAGCAGCAGCAGCAGCAGCAGCAGCAAACAUUCACAGCGCCGCUCUGCCCAUUCAGAAGUGCUGCUGUAGGGGUUUGGCUCGCCAGUGUACUUGGUUUGGGGCUGACGAUUUGUUUGUAUUUCGGCGCCGAAGACAUUUUAUCUUUCUUCUUGAGCAUAAAAACAGCAGCAGCAGCAGCAGGAGGGCUGCAGCAGCAGCAGCAGCAGCAAGACACGUUGUCUCUGGCGUUUAACGAGCACGCAGAGCAGCAGCAGCAACAGCCGCAGCAGCAGCAGCAGAAGUUGCUGAGGGGGUUGAGGUUUUUUUCUGUUUUAUACCGCGCACCAUCUGCAGCAGAAGUGUCUCUCUUUGGGCCUUUUCUGAUGCCCAUAUUGACGCAGUGUUGUGUUAGGUCCUUGGCUGUUCCUUUGUUUCUUCGUCAUUGCGCUCACUUGUGCAGCUGA